CCAACCUUGUCCUCAUUCGCAUUCCUGCUGUCAUCCACAUUCCUUAGUUCAUUCUUUUUUCAUCACUGUUUUGUAUUGCCCAGGCUGCAGGCGGAGGUGUUGAAGGGGUCUCAGGAACAGGAAUAAAUCUCACUGCACUGCACAGUUAGUACACUUCAGCCAUGGCACUCAAGCUAUCGGACGCAUCGCAAGACAGUAACCACCACAACGCCAUGUCCUUGCUGAAAAAGACCGCCACCAGCACUGCCACGACAACUGCCUCAUCGAGCAGUGCGCAACUACCACGUAGCCUAUGGACAAGCAACGACAGUGCCUUGACAGAAACAGAACACAUCGAUCACCCUCAGAGUCCCUCUUCUUUCGCUACCGUCAGUGGCAAUGCCAUUGGUUCGGCCUUUACUUCUACCAUGAAGGGUGUCUCCAACGACGGUAGCCGACAGAGCCACCGUCAGUCUGCAUUUUUUUCACCUCCACUCACGUCUACCUAUCCGCCGUCACCGGGGUCUUUUUCCGUGUCGAAUUCGCCUCUCCAGGAACGCUGCGAAGCACUCGAAUCUGAGCUGUCUGAGUUACGAAACCGAUUCCAGCGAUCGGAACAACACUUAACCGUUCGGGAGAAACGUCUUUCGCAGGCGCAGCAAAAAUCGCACAAUACGGAGCAGUCAUUACGGACAUUGAAACAGCAGCACGAGAUGACCUUGAUCCGGCUAUCGAAGGUACAAGCCGAAGCGACUCAGUCCAGGACACUUUUGGAAGAAAAACACAAGGAGAUUCAAGAAUUGAAGACACAAGUCCAACACCAGGCCCGCGAUCUUAAGGAGGCUGUCAUGGAACGGGACUCGCUGUCGCUGGAAAUGGUCGAUUGCCAUGCGGACAAUGCAAAGUUUCUGAGACGGCUUAGGACUUCGAACGAUAAGACGGAUCAGUUACAGGACGAGAACCGCCAUCUGAUCGAACAACUACGGGAGCUGCGCGCUAGAAUUGUGGAAAUCUUGGAUGAGAGGGCAAAGUUGUCGGACACGCUGGGUCGGGAACGGUACCGGGCUGGACAGGCUGCGCUGGAACUGGAGAGGGUGGUGGCAAGGUACAGGGAUGAGGUCGAGAGGCUACAGGAUCUGGUGCUGGCGAUGGGGCAUAAGCAUGUCCAGGUCCAAAGACAGCUCGCGUUUCUUCAGCAGCAAGCACAGGCGCAGAUGCAGAUGGGGCAGAAACAGCAGUUGGCGAUCGAGCAUCCGGAUUCGCAGGGACAGGAACAGGCGCAGGCACUUGUUCACCGCCCUUCUUCGGCCUCUUCAGCAUUGUAUUCGCCCUCGACCCAUUCUUCUGUGACUGGUGGUGCAUCAUCGCAUUCGACAUCGGCUUUAUCUUCCCACGGAGGACUCGUUCUUGGCGACGGUGCCCUAGCAUCGAUCUUGUCCUCGGUUGCAGCCAGUUCUCAUUCCCGCCGGUCCAAGCCAACGCGUCGGUUCACUAUGAAUGCGUUGCCCAAAGAGGCGCCUCAAACGCUGGAGCAACGAAAGUGUGAAUUAUUGAUGGACCAGAUAACGGUGCUUCAACGAGGACACGACAAUUUGCGGCAGGAAAAGAUUACGCUGGAGCUGCAACUUGAUCUGAUGCAGCGGCAACAUGGGUUUCAACAGCAGCAACGAGAGAGACGCAGGGGCCCGCAACGCAAAGCCCUUGGUCAUGACACACCACAACAACAGCAACAGCAACAGCAACAGCAACAACAGCCGCAAAAAAAUUAUACUUCAACAACAAUACCAGUAACAGGAACCGAAUCUAGUAAGGGCCUGUUGUCAUCAAACACGGUGGUGGAGCAGUGUGCACAGGUCGAUGAGGCAACCGAGAAGAACAGGCAGGCGAAAGAUUUGCAGAUUCAGGGGGCUCUGGCGUCACUGGAACCGAAGCGUGAUAGUCCCAAUGUGAAUAUCUCAAGUCGUGGAAAAUUGAAAUACCUGGAUCGGUUGCGACUGCCGCAUGAGACGCAGCAACAGGUACUACAGCAGGCAGAGUCGUCUGGAUCUUCGUCAUCAGCUUCUACGCCGUCACCGUUGUUGAGUUCUUCUGCGAGUCCGGCAGCGCAGAGCAAGUCGUUGAAGCAUUAUACCCAGGAGCGGGAGUACCCUCAGCAUCGGAUACCUCGGAUCGUGGAUCAGGUCGAGUAUGAUGUCCAGAGGUGCAGUUGCUGCAUGGGCACGCUGAUCGAGAUCUGAUCUCAAUAGGAGGUAAAGAAACCGGGGAGACAAGAAAUGUCCUAACCUUCAGCUUGUUUUGGCGAUGAAGAUCCAAUAAACAGAAACGCCGACCGAGUGCUCAUCGUACGCCUCAAUCCUUUCUCCUCAUUUGCUCCUCUGACUUGAAUGUGAUGCAAAAUAAAGCAAGCCAAAUUUGAGCGCUCGUGCGUCCAUGCAUGCAUAGACAAC